AUGAAACCAGCAGUUGUGGCCCAGGACGAAAUGUUUCCCGAUGGAGAUGCUGGAUGGAUGGAAAUGGACGAGGUGAGCUUCCACUCACUACAGUACAACCUUCAAUUCUGAAAUUGUUUCGACUUUAAGGAAAAUAAAAGUUAACAUGUCGGUUUUAGUUAACUUUUCGAUACCCUUUCAGUACCCUUUUAUUUCGUCCAUUGUUAUUUUCUCUUGUUUUUCUUUUGCUGCGUGCUAUUUAGGCAGCAUCAAGUGGUGGAAUGCUGAUAGAAUUAGCAGCUAAUGAAAGAGCAGUCCAUGGUGAUUUCUUCAAUAGUAGGUUUUCCAUCUUUCUUUCCUAGACAUUUGUUUUGAUUUUAAUAUAUCUCAUAUUGAUUCAUGAAUAUAGUGUUGUUACAAAUCUUUGUCUUUCUUCACGAUAGAUUUUGAUGACCUCUUUGAUGACGAUGACCUUCGGUGA